AAAUGUGUAUCAGAUUGGAAACCUGUUUCGUUAUAUGACGAGAAAUCUUUUUGCUCCGCUGUUGGCGCACGACACAUCCUCCCAUCCCUCCCAUCCCUAGGAAAAUUUUUUCUCCGACCAGUCCCAUGGCCCUCGCAUUCUGCCCUUCUCUCCCCUUCUCUUCCUCCACUCCUUCGCCGCCCUCCCCUUCCCUCCCUCUCCGAACCUCGCCUACGGAUUCUUCGCUAAUUACGAUCCUUGCCCCACAUCGGAUAGGACGCCUUUCCCUCCGAACCCGGCCGCCUCUCCGGCCCAAGGCCGUGGUCGCCGUCGACUCCCUCGCCGCUGGCGGCGCUGCCCCCCGGAGCGGUCCGCCUAGGGUUUUGCUGGAGGUGAAAGAUCUGAAGGCCGUGGUCGCGGAGUCGCGGCAGGAGAUCCUUCGUGGCAUCAAUCUUACCGUCUACGAGGGCGAGGUUCAUGCGGUUAUGGGGAAGAAUGGAUCGGGGAAGAGCACGCUUUCGAAGGUUCUUGUUGGUCAUCCAGAUUAUGAGGUAACCGGAGGUAGUGUCAUCUUCAAAGGUGAGAACCUGCUAGAGAUGGAGCCAGAAGAAAGGUCUCAUGCUGGGAUUUUCAUGAGUUUCCAGACCCCUGUUGAGAUACCAGGCGUAAGCAACUUCGACUUUCUGAACAUGUCUUACAAUGCCCGAAGAAAAAAGCGAGGGCUACCUGAGCUACCUCCUCUUGAGUUCUAUAGUUAUGUCUCUCCCAAAGCUGCUGCUAUUAAUAUGGAUCUAAGGUUUCUAGACAGAAAUGUGAAUGAAGGGUUUAGUGGUGGCGAAAAGAAGCGCAACGAGAUUUUGCAACUUGCGGUUCUUGAGGCAGAUUUAGCAAUUUUAGAUGAGAUUGAUUCCGGGUUAGAUGUUGAUGCACUUCAAGAUGUAGCAAAAGCUGUUAAUGGGCUUUUAACACCCAAUAAUUCCGUUUUGAUAAUUACACAUUAUCAGCGCCUUCUGGAUUAUAUCAAGCCCAGCUAUGUCCAUAUCAUGGAGGAUGGCACAAUUGUGAGGACUGGUGAUGUUUCACUGGCAAAACAGCUUGAGAAGGAGGGCUACAGGGCAUUCUCUAUUUCAUGAUUGUAAAGUCAGUACCCAAAUUAACCUUUGCUUAGUUUUAUUUCUUCUUUUUUCUGGUUUUUCCUGAUUAAGAAUUGGAAAUUUUUUAUUGGACUACAUGCAUAAAGUGAUCAUUGGCCAUGAUUUUAAAUAACAGAUAUCAUGACCUUACAUAUCAUUGCCAUAUAUCACAAACCAUAUGUAUUUGAUGCACCAUUUAAAAGAGACGCCAGCUGAUGCAGUGUUUUAAUAUUUUU